GAGAGGACGACAUUAAUAAGGGGUUUGCACAUCCAUCCUUAUGUAAACUCUCCGAACAAUCAAUCCGUUGUUUUGUCGAUGAUUGCUUCUUGCUUCCUGACCCGAAGAUAGGGAGGUCUUCUCCAAUAACAAUGGAGUAUCACCAGGAUGGAUUCCAAAAUGGACCGCAUGAGGAUGACCUGCAGAAAGAUGGGGCUCAGCCUCAUCAUGUGUUGAAAACUUGCAAACGUUGUGAUUUUCAUUCCAAAAGUCGAAAUAUUACGAAAACCCUUUUGCACGAGCAAGCAUUGAUUACCAAGUCUUUCUUUCAUGUAAUUGGAAAGCUUCCGUGGCUUAGAUAGCCUGACGGGCUCACCAUCAUGGCUCUUGAAGUAAUCGGCGGAAUAGCGAGCAUUGCUCAACUCGCCGGAACUGUCUACACAAUAUCAAAGACCCUCUACGAAGUGGGAGAAGCUCUAUCCAACGCCCCUUCCGAUAUUAAGGAUUUAGCAAGAGAUCUUGAAACUUUUUCAGACGAGCUUCAUCUGUUAUCCACACUACUUCACGGUAAAGAUGGUCGCUACGCCGAUCAGGUGUACAGGCUUACAGCUAAAAUCAUUGGGGAUUGUGCCACGAUAUGCACGAAAAUCGAUAGAAUUAUCCGAAAAUUGAGAAGCGGUAGUGUUCUGGCCAAAAUCAAAUGGUUGUACAAAGAGAAGGAAAUUAUGAAGUUGUUGGCAAGACUUCGUGACUUAAAGUUAAGUCUGAUGGGUACAUUGAGUGUGUUGAGUGCACUGAGAGCCGAUCGUAUGAUGGACUCUUUGGGUAUAAAUAACCCCAGUAUGAUUGGAGGCCCAGACAGACAUAGUCUAUCGACAGAGACACGCAUACAAGUGGAGGACACGAGACUGAAACUGGCCGGCAUAUCGAUGAAGAAUACUACUGUCUCUUCGGGGUCAAAACCUAUGGUAUCAUCGAGCGCAUCUUUACUUUCGGAGAGCUCAAGCUCGACUUUAGGUACAUCGGCUACAUCAGAAACUCUUGUUGAUUCCCCAGCAUCUAGAAUGCCUAGCACAGUCAGCUUUUCUGUCCCCCCAUUCAUUUCAAUGGCAGUGGUGCCGAACAAUAUGCCACCAAUCCUAAAUACUCAAGCAAACCAGUCUGUCGAUUCCUUCCACAGUGCCUUAUCAUAUCAAAAUCAAGAUUCACAGAAUUCAGAAAUACAGCAAAGUCUGACAUCUACUGACCUAUCUCAUACACUAUCAUCAUCAUCGCCACUACCACAGUUCACGCCUUCACAGAAGACGAUGGACCCAGUUGUUAGGGCUUGUUAUCAAUGCAGAAAGAAGAAGCGAAAGUAUGAUGGAAAGUUGCCUUGCAAACAAUGCAUCACCGAAUUAGGUAGUGGCGAUGGUACAACCACAAUUCCGCAGCUUGAAAUGACGCACGGCAUGCCACCUUCUCAAUCUAACCAUUUGGGAGCAAACAACACUAGAUUGGGAAAUUAUUGCGAGUAUGAUCCAUUGCAGAGAAAUUCUGGCCCAAGACGUGAUUAUGUGGAAUUAUUAGAGCAGCGAAUGGAACAAGUAGAGGGCUUCCUCAAACCAGAAGAUUUUAACCAUUUGCAUGUGAUACGACAGUCUGUAGGGAUAUCUAAUAUCAACGACAAGCUUUCAUUGUCGGCAGAAGAAAGCCAUCAGCUAGAUGCUUCCGUAUCGAAAUCUCUCAGAAGUUGGAGAAAUGAAAUGGCUCUUUCAGCGAUGAAGCAUUUCAAUAUGAACACCAUGGAUGCUGAGGAAUGGGCCAAGCACUUGCAAAUUCCUAGCAAUCUUUCGGCAACAGCUGGGCCUACCAGUCCAGCGAAAAGCUCGCCUCAAACACAAAUCAAAAACAAGCCUCAGGAAUUAGAGGAAGACAGAAAUGGAGCGGACUCAGAAGAAAAUCAAUCGCCUUUGAGAAAUUCUGCAGAUCUUCAAGCCUCCAUGGAUUUCGCUUGUCUGAACACAUCUACAAGUGGAAGUGACAAUGAUAUACUAUUAGAGCGCGAUUGCACCGAUUCUCAUCUUUGUAGGGGUGCUCAAAAACUCCAACAUUUAAGCAAUCCAGGAAUUCUACAGGAUUCAAGCGAUCUGCAUGAGUUAAACGCGUCCUCAAAACCGGUUUGGCUUGAUGACGCACAGCAUGAAAUACUUAAUAUGCCUGACAAUUUAUCUAACGAUGAAUCUGUUGCCGACAAUUAUAGUUCUUAUGGCAUAAAACCCGAAAUAGCACCGCUCUCAAAGAAAAGAAAGAUAGUUCAAUACUCUGAUGCUUAUUAUGACUAUAGCAGUUCGAAUAAACGCAAUCCUUAUUCAAGUGUUGCACCUCAGAGAAAUCAAAACUUCGCUGCCGCCCAAAAAAGAAUUUGGCCUGAAAUGAUACAGCAACGUCAAAAGCCACACUCGCCUACCCAACAGGCUCAACAAUUUCAAAUUCAACAACAGCAGCACCAAAAAAUGGCUCAAAUAUCUUCCCGUCGACCUCCUAGAGUUACUGACCUGGGUAUCAGGAUGGAUGCUGAGCAUUGGCGUAAUAUUGAUGCGUGCCAAAACAUGGAUUCUCCAACCAACAUGCAAACGGGACUCUAUGAGCCUGGAAUUGAAAAUAUAUCACCAAAGCCACAGCUCCAACAGCUCCAAACGCGAAUUCAAACUUCACAGAAACUCCACACAAGAGACAGUCAACCUCCUUAUCCGUUUAAAACACUCCGUGGCCAGAGCGAAUAUCACCGACUUAUGGACUUGCCUGCAGAUUAUACUGAUGAUGUCUCGAAACAAGCUUUUGGGUCAUCAAAAAAAGUUGAAUCGAAUGAGGCCUCUAUUUUCGAUUCCCAGAAUGAAGACAUUAACAAGGGUUUAGGUGGACUUUGGACCCGAGGUCUCAUAAAUGUCAAGUCAUUCGAUGCUAUCAUAUGGAGUAAUCUACAACUGUACUUGAAUCGGGAGCGCGUUUACACUACCUCAGAAGUAGGCUCAAAUUUAUAUGUUGCCAAUUUAGAUAGGGCUGCAAAUUUUCACAAAGAAAGGAUUGCUCUAUGUCGUCAGAUGGUUCCGCGUGCUGCUAGCUCUAUACAGAAAAUAACAGAUGUUCUAACCGUCAUGGAAGAGACUAUUGGUCUUGGAAUUGGGGCCAUUGCAUGGACCUGUCUUCUGGGCGCUGUUGAGAACCUGCUCUCGCUCAGUACAAUCCGGACAGUUGACUCCCAAAUCGAAAUCAUCACAGAAAUGACCAAAAUUUCUAGCAUUAUCGCUCGAUAUACAGUUAUGGAGAACAUCUAUGCUCAAUGGAAAGGAAUGAGUCUGGAUAAAGACUACGAGCAAUCCCUUGUCAACCUCUCCACCCAUAUUCUGAUCUACCUUGGAACCUUAUUACCGAGUCCUACAGGGAGAAAUGUAAAUGCUGCUAUGGAGCCUUACUUUGACAGAAUCAUGGAAGCGGACACGGCGUGUCGCGGGUUCACGGUUAUCGUGAGCGCCGAAAAUACUGACAUCGGUCAAAAACGCUUAUCUGAGGAUCUUUUGGAUGAGUCGGACGACACCGAAGAUUCAGAUGAGACUAUCCCAAGAGUCAGCGGUGAAGAUGAAGUGAAUAAGAUGCCGUCUCCAGCAAAACGCAUUAAAGCAUGAAAUUGAGGGUCUGUUUAGAACUUCAAUUUUCGGACAUAGUGUAUAUACCCUUGUUUAUAUUUUCAUUAAGUUUUAUAUGUAUAUUUACCUGCGAAUUAUCUUCAUCGUUUAGGUUCUAACAAGUGAGUACAAAUUGCUUAUCAUGUGGAAGAGGUAAAUCAGAAUCACUUGCAGAGAAGACUAGAAAGAGAUCUUUUAUGAGCGAAACUUAUUCAUUGGUUCGGUCAAGGGAAAAGUCUCAAGAUAGAUAUAAGUGCAAUAUAUCAAGUAUCUAGAGCAACCAUCAUUUUCUGCAUAAUAGAAUCUCGCA